UUCUGCUGCUCCGGAGGCAGACACCUGCGGUGGACACAAGGAAUUCGCAAUCUCCAUCCAGUGUUUUUGGAUCUGCUGAUCACAGCAGUCACCAUGUCUCUGUCUGCCUACAAGAAGAAGAUGAAGGAAUUACCCCUCUUCAACAUGUUUUGUUCCUGUUUCAACCCAGAGCCGCGUAGCAGAACCCUCUACAAAUUUGAUGAUCCAGCUGACCAGAACUGGUGUUUCAUCUCUGACAUGGAGGUGAAAGAGCUGAACAAGAGGGCAUCUGGCCUCUCCUUCGAGGUCAUCCUGAAGCCGCCUUCCUUUGAGGGGGUCCCGGAAUUCCAUACCGUGCUCCCGAAAAAGCGAGAUCCAUCCCUGGAGGAGAUCCAGAAGAAACUGGAGGCGGCUGAAGAAAGAAGGAAGUGCCAGGAGGCCGAGCUGCUGAAGCAUCUGGCUGAGAAGAGGGAGCAUGAGCGAGAGGUGAUCCAGAAAGCCAUCGAGGAGAACAACAACUUCAUCCGGAUGGCCAAGGAGAAGUUAGAGCAGAAGAACGAGACCCAGAAGGAGAACAGGGAGGCUCACCUGGCAGCCCUGCUCGAGCGGCUCCAGGAGAAGGACAGGCGUGUAGAGGAGGUCCGAAAAAAUAAAAGUCUUCGAUCCAACGCAGAGCGAUAGAGGCACGUGGAUAUGGGCCGACUCCACCCAGCGCUUCUCAUUUGAAAGUUUAUUUGUAAAUAUUAAUUCUGAACAAAAUGUGGGCAACCAGUUAGAGACAGAAAUGUCUGACUCUCAGCUGGGCAUGCGUAUCCCAGUGUAAACCAGCUUUCAGUCUGUUUAUUGGUCCUGGUUCAGCUUGUUCUGGUUCUGGCCUGCUUCAGUCCAGUAUGAGUACAGUUUGGUGCAUUUCAGGCCUGUUCUGGCCCGGGGGACCCACACCGCUGGAGGAGCUCAAUAGGCAGGCAGCAUUAAUGGAGGGGAACAGUCAAUGUUUUAGUCUGAGAGCCUGGAAUGAAUGAGGGCAGAAGGCAGAAUACUCCCUCCUCCUCAGCUGCCCCCUCACAUGGUCUCACAUGCCAGCUGCCCUUCUCCCCACCUUCUCCCUUCCUUUCACAUGUUCAGGGAGGGUGUCUCAGCUCAAAUUUUCAACACUUUAUUCCUCUCCAUAGAUCUUGCCUGACCUGCUGAGUUCCUCCAGCAUUUUGCGUGUGUUGCUCUGGAUUUCUAGCGUCGGCAGAAUGUCCCGUGCUUCCGAUCUGGCCCUGGAUCGGCCCAGUUCUGCCUCUCUCUGGUCUUGUUCUGUGUUGUUUUGUCCUGUGAUCUGAUACACUCUGGUCAGGGCCUGAUCUCUGACUUCUCAUCCACAAGGUUGAAAGCUUUGUUUUUGUCUAAUUCAUACCGUCAGUGAUUUUCCCGCCCUUGCAGAAAGCACAAUGCCAGCCCACCUUCACACCUGCUGGCAGAGCCAAGACCCAUUUCAGAAUUGGUUCUCACUUGGUCCCUGUGUCACCCCUGCCCCUCUCAGUCUCUCCUCUCUGCUCAUUGAUGUUCUAAGGUGGCCUCACCCUCCCCUCUGUGCUGCAGCAGUUCCAGUUCCCCUCCCUUUCCCACCACAUUUGUCCCAAAGCCUCGAGGACCCGAGGCAGGAGGCCAGCUCUCUCCACUCCUGUCCCUGCCGGCUCUCACUCGGGGGGUGUGAUGUUCAGCCCCUGUGAAGGGAGAACCGGGUUGGCGCUCUGGCUCUGGGGUGAGAGAAGCUGGUCCCUGGGGGAAGGGGGUGGAUGUCAGGCAUUGGUUGGGACAGAUGAAGUGGUAAGGGCAAGGGUAUCAGACGUUCCCCUGGUCUGCCCUUAUCUUCCUACUGUCACCGUCGUCUCCUCUCUCCAGGAGGUUUGUUGUCCUGCACUUCAUUCCUCCCCCCCACCCCCACCGCCGAUCUGCUCAGACACCCCACCCCCUGUCUCCGGCCUCAAAUGCAGCCAAUCUUCAUCCUGACUCUUUCUAACGAUCUCGUCUGUUUCAGUGUUUCCGGAGUAUUGUCGAUAUUCACUGACACACUCACUCACACAGACACCACACACACACUGACACACACACAGACACUCUCACUCACACUCACACAGACACUCACACUCACGCACACACUCACAUUCACAGACACUGACACACACACACACUCACACUCACUCACUCACACAGACACACACUCACGCAAACACUCACACUCACAGACACUGACACACACAGACACUCACGCACACACACACAGACACUCACGCACACACUCACACUCACUCACUCACACAGACACUCACACUCACAUACACACUCAGUCACUCACACAGACACUCACACUCACAUACACACACACUCACUCACACAGACACUCACAGACACUGACACACACAGACACUCACGCACACACUCACUCAGUCACUCACACAGACACUCACGCACACACUCACACUCACUCACUCACACACACUCACUCACAAACACACACACUCACAAAAUAAACAGACACACUGAAACAGACACACACAUAGAAACAGAAACUCCAAGCCACGCAGACACACACACACUGCCACAUACAACAAUUUCUCAAGGGAGAAGUGUGAUCCUCUAUCAGUACUGUCUCCCACAGCGUGCCCCUCCGUCAGUACAACCCGUCCCACAGUGUGACGGUCCCUCCCAUGGUGCACUGCUCCGUCAGUGCCACCCCUCUAACUUACAGCACUGGUUACCGAGGCUUUGUCAGCAUAGUUCUUUCUCUCCUUCUCUCUCUCUCCCCCCUCUCUCCCCCCUGCACAGAAUGGGUUUCAUUUCAAUAAAGUAUUGUCUGGUG